AUGCCCUUAAAACGCACGCCCCCGAAAUCCCCCCGAAAUGUUAAAGGGAAUCAAAGUACGAUGGCUACUAUUGCUACUGUGGAAGCUCAAGGGACUACCACUACAAAGACGAAUCUAACGCAAGAGUCAUCUGAUGCAACAGCAAAGGCAAAAUCGAAAUCGAAAUCCGUACUCCUACAUAGGGAGUUUGGUGACUCUCUUGAUCAGGGCUCUGAAGCUCUCGCCUCGCAGCGCAGUAAACGAAAAUUCGAAGGUGAUGAUCACAGCGAUAUGCGUUCAUUUAUGGCCGAUAUGAGAAUAUAUUUUUCAAACUUUACUAAAAACCAGGAUGAGAAGCUUCUGAAUUUGCAGGAAUCAAUUUCGGAUAUUAAGACGCAGAAUGCAGAAAUAUUUAAAUCUAUCGAAUUUAUAUCUAACAAAUAUGAUCAGCUCUCAGAAAGGCUCAGAAAGUUGGAGGAGGAAAGAGGGGAAAAUUAUAAUUAUAUCUCUGCUAUAGAAGAAAGAUUGGAUUUUUUUGAGAAGAAAGGUCGAUCAACAUAUGUUGAAAUUAGAAAUAUACCUAAAAUUCCUAAUGAGACAAAGGAAUCACUAACAUCUUUGAUUGAGAAAAUUGGAAGUAAAGUAGGUGUCCCGGUUGAUCACAGAGAUAUAAAAGAUAUUUAUCGAAUAAACUCAAAAUCCAUUGAAAACAAACCUAUUAUAAUGGAGCUGAAUACAGUUGCAAUAAAAAAUAACUUCAUUGUCUUCUCUAAGAAAUUCAACAAAUUGCAAGGAAGCGAGCACCUUAACACCCAGCAUCUUCAGCUAGCUGGGCCUCCUAAAAAGAUAUAUAUAAGUGACUUCCUCACCCCGAAACUGAGACGUUUAUUUUAUCUAGCACGGGAGUUUGCAAAGGAAAAUGACUUUAACUACUGUUGGUCUUCGAACGGAAAUAUCUUUCUCCGCAAAAGAGACGGUUCCUCUCAUAUUCGUAUAAAUACUGAAAUGGAUCUGAAGAAACUACAAAAUAUAAGGUGA